GCAAGUUUACAGCGCACUAAUCAUCAUCCUGGCGUUGGCGAAUCAUGAAUCACUCCAUACUAUAUAGUAUAUUGUUCAGGGAUUAUCCAGCUUGGCAGAUACUACUAGCUGUACUAACAGAUCUCCAUAACUGACACAAGUCAAACAUCUGCUUCAAGGAUUCUGCGCAACUUCCUUUGACAUUAACAAGGACACCUGUUCCAUGCCUGAUAACAACAAGGCACAAGCAGCGUCCCUAUACUCAACCAUCGAUGUUCUGCCCAUCCAAGCGCGGACGAAAAAACCUGCAAUCAAACCUCCAUGUCGCAUCCAAUAUCCACACCAACCAUCCUUUCCUAAAAACCAAAACCCUCUGCUCAACAUGCUCACCCUUCAACAUCCCCACGUCCUCUACAAUGGCAUCCGAAAAGACCACGCAAUCCCCGGCGGUAGACAUCCUUCACAAGUCCAACCAAUCCGGAUUGUGCACCUUUGUAGCUAUCAUCAUCCGCAACGCUUUAAACCCAGGUAAACAGUCUAGUAUGGAUAUCGGCAUCACUGGGAUCACCCGCGUGUCAUACACGAGAGCGUGCGGGUACGCGCAUAUUCCGGAUGAUAUCUCGUCCGUACUCAGGGAUAUCUGUCAUCGGCUAUACAUGCAAACCCCUGAUAGACCACGAGAUGUGACCUCCGCUAUGAUCGCCACGCAGUCGAACUUAUUGCUCGAUAUUCACAUCAACCUCCCCUGGGCAUAGCACAUCUUCAAGUACGCCGAUGUAGGCGGGUUCACGUUGGUGUGCCCCUGGUAAAGUGUUCCAGUUCAGAAUGGUUCUGGAGCUCGCGUUGGUGUGGCAGUCCAUGCCCAAUGCACCUCGUAUACGUCGGGUGCCUGUGGAUGGAAAUCGGAAGCAGUGGCCGUCCUGGCCGUGUGCUGUGUGACGGGGCGCUGUUCAAUACAGUGAGGUAAGCGUAUUCGUCGAGAUACAGGGAGGGGGUAUUUCUCCCUGGAUUACGCAGUUACUGGUGGAACAGUGGCACGUCGUAAAUAACGAUGGUCACGUUGUUCGUCAGGACGUUCGACGUACUGGCAGCCAACUCAGCCACAUUUCAACAAGAAUUUGUGCAUCUACGAAACAUGGCUUAGUGAGAUUGCUCAAGUUUUUUUCCAUAUCUAUUAGAUGUAUCUAUAGACCUAACUACAGAGUAUCAAGGCGUAUCAAAUGUUAAUUUAAUG